AUGGGGAUCACUCGAGCGGGAGUAUUCCGUUGUAGGUGCAUUCAACCCGCACGACUUUUUCUGCGGCUCAAUAGCUCUGUGUCCGGAGCGUCAAAGAGAAUUAAGGUGGAUGGCGUGGAAUACAAUACAGAUCCAACAUUUACUAAUGUGACAAAGAGCAUAAUCUCGCAUACAAAUAAAGGGCUGCACCUGAAUGAUCAACAUCCGGUUGGUAUUUUGAGAGAUCUGAUCGAGCGGAAGUUGAAUUCGGUGGACAAUGUAUUUAUGCCAUACAACAACUUCAAACCAGUGGUGACAACCUGGGAGAAUUUUGAUUCAUUGGGCUUCCCUGCAAAUCACCCAGGAAGAUCUAAAUCGGAUACUUACUACAUUAACCAAGAUCAUCUAUUGCGAACACACACAUCGGCCCACGAAGUCCAAUGUUUCCAAGAUUUGCAAACUUCAAAACACAAGGGGUUCCUCAUCUCAGCAGACGUUUAUCGCCGGGAUGAAAUUGAUCGGACCCAUUACCCAGUAUUUCACCAGAUGGAGGGUGCCAGGUUGUGGGAACAUGGAGACCUGGAUUCCUUGAAGCGCGAUUUAGAGGUAAUGGAGAAAGCUUUGAAGGAAAAUCAGACACACACGAAACUCCUCUGCGUCUCCGAUGCCCCUGCAAUCGACCCAGAAGAGAACCCCAAACAAUCAUAUAUGACUGCUCCAGAAGUAGAAUUAACGGUGGCUCAUCUGAAACGCUCGCUCGAAUUGACUGUGAGUGAAGUUUUCAACAGAAAGAUUGAGAGCCUCCGGGAAAUGAAAGUAGCAAAUGUGCCAACAGAAUUGAAGUACAGGUGGGUGAAAGCGUAUUUCCCAUGGACUGCUCCAUCUUAUGAAAUUGAAGUUUGGUGGCAAGGUGAAUGGCUUGAAAUAUGUGGGUGUGGUGUGAUCAAGCAAGAUGUAUUAAACAAAGCUGGCUUUAAACUGGAUAGUACUAUGGGGUGGGCCUUUGGAUUAGGCUUGGACCGCAUUGCGAUGAUUCUGUUUGAAAUACCGGAUAUUAGACUUUUAUGGACAGCGGAUGAAAGAUUUCAUAGGCAGUUCAAGAGACAGACCAUAACAGCAUUCAAACCAUAUUCGAAACAUCCGGGGUCGAUAAGGGACGUCGCAUUUUGGCUGCCAGAGGGAACAAUUGGCCAGGAAGAAGAAAUUCAUGAAAACGACAUUAUGGAAAUAGUUAGAGACACUGCCGGUAGUUUGGUGGAGAGUGUCAAACUGAUCGAUAGUUUUGUGGACCCUAAAACUAACAAAAAGUCGUUAUGUUACCGGAUCAAUUAUCAGUCAAUGGAGCGCAACAUCACGAACCUAGAGGUCAAUGAUCUGCAAAAGGAAGUCGUUGGACGGCUGAUCGAUAAAUACCAUGUUACGAUACGAUAA